AUGGAUUUCUUGAACCUAAUCGUAGAUGUUAAGAGCAUUGAGAAGAAGUGGACUAACGGAAAUAUAGGGAGUACUGUGAAUGCUGAUGAAAAGCAUUUUGUGGCUGAUAAGGUUGAAAAUGUUGAUGAUUGUACUGCUGAUAAUACUUCUAUUAAUAGGAAAAGAAAAUACGAUUAUUAUGCGGGCAUGCUGAAUUGGAUUCGUAAGGUUGCAAAAGAUCCUUGUGAUCCUGCUACCAACCAUUUACCUGAUAAGAGUAAGUGGAAAAAUUAUGGAAGCGAACAGCCCUGGAAGAAGAUUCUUUUGGCUCGUGAUGCAAUGCUUCUGAAAAAGAACCUCGGUGCAAGUUCUGAACAAUCAGUUUGGCAGAAGAAGCAAAAGAUGCAUCCAAGCAUGUACAAUGAUGAUCAAUGCAGUCCUGUAGGGUCAAGAUGCAGCCAAAGGCUCCUUGGAAAGGAAUCUUCUCUCAAAUCUCAUGAACAGCUUGUAGCAGAUUCAUCUUCCUCAAGUUGUCUGAGUGACGAUGAUUUUACUGAUAGACAGUCUGAUGCAGCUGGUGAGUCUCCAGGAUUUUGGGCUAAAUAUCGUCGCAAGAAGCGAAUUCGCAUAGGGGCUCCUUAUCAAGGAGAUUUGCCAGAUUUGUGUGGAGUUGAUUACAGAAGUGAUUCUAAAUGGUUGGGUACCAAAAUUUGGCCACUUGAAGAAGGAGAAUUGAACCGAAACUUAAUCGAAAGGGAUCCUAUUGGUAAGGGAAGACAGGAAUCAUGUGGUUGCCAGUUUCCAGGCUCUCUUGAGUGCGUAAGGUUCCAUGUUCGGGAGAAAGCCAUCAAACUGAGGCUUGAGUUAGGCCCGGCUUUCUACAGAUGGAAAUUUGACAGCAUGGGGGAGAAAGUAGCGUUUUCCUGGACAAACACUGAUCAAAACAUGUUUCAGGACAUUGUGCUGUCAAACCGUUUGUCAUCAGAUAAGUACUUCUGGGAUGAGCUUUUCAAGUUAUUUCCUAAGAAAGGCAGAGAAGUUCUGGUGAGCUACUAUUUCAAUGUUUUUCUGCUCCGGCGCAGAGCCCAACAGAAUAGAAGCACUACAAGUGACAUUGGCAGUGAUGAUGAAGACUCAGAAUUUGGUCCCAUUGCCAACAAAUUCGGUCAAUUGGCUUCGAAAUCUCCAGGCUCCAUUUUUCGCUCCCCAACAAAAUCUCAUUCAACUCAAAGAUAG